AUGGUGACGCGGAAUUUGGCUGAACAAGGGAACCGAAAGGAUUUCGGUGAACAGAAACUCUCACCGUCUAUUCCCUCCACCCCACCACUGACUAGUGGUAAAGUAAAGUUCAUGCUUAUAAUUUCCGUGUCUGUUAUUUUCAACUGUUUGGUCCCUGAGAAACCGAAGGAAAGAAAAGGAAAGGAGAGUGUAUUUUGUGGCGUCUGUUUGAUUUCUCUAGUGAUUUUGGCGCUUGUAUCCGGAUUAAUUUGGAAAAUGCCAGAGAUUCAGUUGGGUGCGCACACUGUAAGAUCCCAUGGAAUCCAAGUUGCGAGGACACAUAUGCAUGACUGGUUGAUUCUACUGCUUCUUGUGGUGAUAGAGGUCGUUUUGAACGUUAUAGAACCAUUUCACCGCUUUGUUGGAAAGGAUAUGAUGACGGACCUGUCAUACCCACUGAAAGACAAUACUGUUCCCUUUUGGGCUGUUCCAAUUGUUGGGAUAUUGCUGCCCUUAGCUAUCAUUCUUGUGUAUUACUUCAUAAAAAGGAAUGUCUAUGAUCUGCACCAUGCCAUUCUGGGCCUUCUGUUUUCUGUGCUUAUCACUGGAGUUAUAACUGAUGCCAUUAAAGAUGCUGUUGGUCGACCUCGUCCUGACUUCUUUUGGCGUUGUUUCCCUGAUGGCAAAGGGGUGUUUGAUCCUGUCACGAGAGAUGUUAUGUGUACUGGAGUGAAAAGUGUCAUCAAGGAAGGCCAUAAAAGCUUCCCAAGCGGACACACUUCUUGGUCCUUUGCUGGUCUUGGAUUUCUGGCCUUGUACUUGUCUGGGAAAAUCAGAGUUUUUGACCGCAGGGGCCAUGUUGCAAAGCUUUGUAUUGUUUUCCUGCCUUUGCUUGUUGCUGCUUUGAUAGGAGUUUCUCGGGUUGAUGACUACUGGCAUCACUGGCAAGAUGUAUUUGCUGGGGCUCUUAUAGGGCUAACAGUUGGUUCAUUUUGCUACCUGCAAUUCUUCCCACCCCCAUAUGAUAUUGAUGGCUGGGGACCUCACGCAUAUUUCCGGAUGUUGGCAGAGUCCGGAAAUGGAGUUCAGUCAUCAAAUAACAUCAAUUGUCUCAAUGUGCAGCAAUCAGAACUUGAGAGCGUAUAUAUUGAUUCUCAACGCAGAACUGAAACUUCAAGAGUCAAUACUCGGGACACGAGCCCAAUGCUGAAUGGGACAGAAAUCUAG